AUGAACAACGAGCAGUUCCGACGGCUGCUAGCCGACAACUCCUCAGCAAAGUCUGGAGACAAAUCCUCACCCUCAUCCCGGAAUGCAGGCCCCGGCAGCGCAACACCAGGCGGCGGGCUACUCGGUUCGCGAAUGCGAUCCAGCAUUCCCAUGACCCCGCGCGCAGUAACUGGCGUCGACUUUGCCCGUCAGCUCGCAGAACAGCGCCGCGAAGGAGGAGACCGACCCACAAAACGAUUCAAGUCCUCUGCUGCACCGAAAGGUGCCAAGUUACCAGCCGGAUAUCAAGAUCGCGCACAGCUGCGCAAUGCGAAUGAUGAAGAAGAAGAAGGGGAUGAUAUCUCUAAGCGCAUCAAGGCGCUCGAGGACAUGGUGAAACUAGGCCAAAUUGAUCAGGCCACAUUCGACAAUCUGCGGAAGGAACUUGGAGUCGGUGGUGACACUGGGAGCACGCACAUGGUUAAGGGUCUGGACUAUGCUCUACUACGCCGAGCGCGGGCUGGCGAGGAUGUAUCACAGGCACCCGAGAAACCCGAACCCGCUCCUACGGAUGAAGCGCUUGCCGGCGAAGACGCGGACGAAGCGUUCGAGCGCUUAAUGGAAGAAAAGGGAAUGGAGGAGAUCCAAGCUGCACCGAAAGGAGAAAAGGAGAAGAAGAAAGGCACUAUGGCGCCCCCGCCAGCGCGCAAGAAGACGAGAGACGAGAUUCUACAGGAGUUGAAGAAUAAGCGGGCUGCCGCGAGUGUGCCGGCUCCGCCGCCUGAGUCAGUGUUAGGAGCUAAAUUCAAGAAGCUUGGAGAUAACAAGCCGGAGAAGAAGCGCUUUGUGGAGAUGGAUGAGACUGGGAGGAGAAGGGAGGUUUUGCUUAUCACUGAUGCGGAGGGCAAGACGAAACGGAAAACGCGUUGGCUUGAUAAGCCUGGUGAAUAUGUUAAGCGUGAUGCGAUGCCCAUGCCUGAUAAGGAUGCGAAGCCUCUUGGUAUGGAGGUUCCGGCUGAAGUUGCGGCUAAGAUUGCUGCUAGUGCUGCGCUGAAAGAAGAUGACGAUGGUGAUAUCUUUGCGGAUGUUGGCGCCGAUUAUAACCCUCUUGCUGGUAUUGAAGAUGAAGAUGACUCUUCGUCUGAUGAAGAAGGGGAGGCGAAGGAGGUCAAGGAGGCCAAGGCUGCACGGAAGGAGGAGAAGGCGCCUGCGGAAGAAGGGAACCAGAAACCUGGUGCUGAUGCACCUUCCAAGCCUCGCAACUACUUUGCUACUGCUUCUUCUUCUGCGGCCGCCGAGGAAGAGCCGGAGGAUCGUUCCAAUCCUCUUACGAAGGAUCCCACUAUCCUCGCUGCGCUCAAGCGAGCAGCUGCUCUCCGGCAGGCCUCGCCGUCUGCUGAAGACGAGGGUGAGUCCACCGAGUCCUCCCUGCGGCAAAAGAAGUUUCUCGAGGAAGCUCGACGACGGGAUGCCAUGGAUGCUGCGGAUAUGGAUCUCGGGUUUGGGGGCAGUCGGAAUGAGGACGACGAAGAUGAGGAUGCUGUGCUGCUGGACUUUGAAGAUCGCGGUGCCAAGAAGCGGAAGCGUGGUCCCAAGAAGAAGAAGGGCGACAAGGAUAGUGUGGAUGAUGUGAUGCGUGUGCUGGAGGGACGAAAGAAAGAGUCCGGGUAG